CCGCAAUUGAAAUCGAUUCUGGAUCGUGAAUGGGUGCAUCGGUGUGCAAUCCCACAAUUAUGUUAUUCAGUCUCAUAUAACGAUUUAGCAGAUUCCCACUACGCCCAUUUUACAGGGGGAUAGGUGAUACCGAUGCUGUUACAGGGGUACGAGAGAAGAGAACAUACAGGUCGAUCGGCAACAAGGGCUUCUCCCGCACAAUCCGAAGGAUACGCAGAGAUUUUGGACAAUAUUCUUCUCUUUGUAUUUUUAGAUUAUAAAUCCAUAGAAAUCCUUUGGAAUCCAAGAGUAAAGAAUCCAGAUUUUGUUGGAUUACAUGAGAUUACACAUUGAGGACACCUGAAUUCUAUGGAAUUUUAACAAUCAUUUAAAAUCCCAUGAAAUCCUAAUUAAUAGGAUUUUUUCCCCGGCGACAGUCUUCUCCGGCUGUUUGUGAUUUACUCUAAGUUUGAAAUAGUAAGUUUAAGCCAAUGAAUAUUAUGAAUUGGAACUGCAGGGGGGUUGGCAAAUCUCGCCACCGUUCAAGUUCUAAGCGAUCUGGUAAGAGGUAAAAAUCCAAAAGUCAUACUCCGUAUUUCUGAUGGAAAUAAAAGCUAGCCGGCGACGAGUCAAUGAUGUCAUGGGGAGGUUGGGUUAGCGCACAAGUCACAUAGUUGAGAGCAUCGGAUUAAGCGGGGGAUUGGCUUUAUUCUGGAAAGAUGAGGUGGAAGUCACUAUUGAUUGUACUAUCCGAUUGCAGGAAUAGGAAGAUAGGUGGAGGUUAACAGGAUAUUAUGGCAUCCCAGAGAGGUGAAGGAGGAAGGAAGUAUGGGCAAUGUUGACAAGUCUCGCGAAUAGAAGCAAUCUCCCUUGGCUAGUUUUUGGAGACUUCAGUGAUAUUAUGUUUGAAAGUGAAAAGAAAGGAGGUUUGGGCAUGUGGGCUCCGAGAUUUUCCUUUUGAAGGUUAUCAAUGCGCAUGGGAACGAGGUGGAGGAACAACUUAUUUCGUUGAAGAAUUGAUUUGGAGAGGCUCAGGCUUGUUCUUUAGAGGGUAUGCUUCUUGUCAUUGUGGUAGGAAGUGAGCGAGAGUUCAGGCAGAGGCCAUCCAAAUUUGAACAUGUGUGGGCCCGGGAGGAAGAAUGUUGAUCUGUCGAGUAGUGCAGCAGAGCUGGAGCUCAAGUAACGGGAUGGAUGUAAGGUCAGUGCAGUCAAGUGUUGGGACUAUGGGGUAGGAGCCGGAGAUUAGGAUUAUAUUCUCUACCCGAAUCAAGGUGUGCCGUGAUAGGUUGAGACAUCUACAGGGUUAUCAUGGGAUCAGAUAUGAUGCAGAGUUUCAGAGCGUAAGAAACACACUUACCGGUCUUUUAGAGGAACAAAAUAUGUGUUGGAAACGAGACCCAAGAAGUUUUGGCUUCGUGAAGGAGAAAUAAAGUCAAAGUUCUUUCACAUCCAGUAAAAUAUAGAAGAACUGGAUGGGUGGGUUGGGAUCCGGAUAGAUUCUGGACUACGGAUAGGGGCAGGAUGCACCAUUUGAUGCAGGAUUAUUUCGAAGCUCUUUUCUCAACUAGCAACCCUUAUGGUGGGGAAGUGGAAUUACCGGGAGCUUUGAGGGUCUCGAGGUAAAAACAAUCGCAAAAUGCUUAGUGUACAUGAGUUGUACACAAGUUGUACACAAAACCCCCUGGUUGUCUGUGCAGGCAAUUCCUUUAAAAAGGGGCAGCACUUGAUGUCAAAUUAUCUGUGUACACAGGCAAUAUACACAUUUUGUGUACAUUGCCUGUGUACACCAAGAAUGGUCCAAAACAAUCUAUUACUACGCCCUACCAUGCCGAGGAAGUUAAAAAGGCAGUGUUCGAUAUGCAUCUGCAUAAAUCUCAAAGGGUGGACGGUAUGAAUUCAUGUUAUUUCAGAAUUAUUGGGAUAUUGUAGGGAGGAAUGUUAUGGACUUUUGUGUUAAGUGUUUUGAUCAAGGGUUAAAUUCCUACCAAUGAGUGAAACUAAUCUUAUCUUUGUUUUGAAAGGAAAACCAAUCUUAUCUUAAUUCCCAAAGAAAAGGAAAAAGGGUCAUAAGCUCUUUUACUAUGUCCAAUUUGUCCCAUAAGCCACUGUACUAAAAAAAAUGUAUCAUAUAAGUACGUUUACUUUUAAAAUACAACCAACCAAACCAUUUGACCUGUUAUGGCAGGUUAUUUUUUUUAAUUAAAUUUCGAAUAUUGAUAAAUCUUAAAAAAAUUCAUAUAAAUGUGAAUAUUAGCUCUCCCUUAGUCCCAUUUUAUAAGAUACAUUUCCUAUUCACUUGGUCAACACAAAUCACACUUAAUCUUUACUUUAUAUAUCAAAAUUUUAUAAAAUUUGAAUAAUUUUUUGCAAGUUUUGUAGCAAUUUUAAUGUUAUUUCUGAAUAUGUAAAUUUUAUUUUUUAAAACUGAUUUCAGUGUUGACAGGGAUCAAUUUGUUUUAUCGUCGGUCAAACAUUGUAAACCGUAAAGUGCCUUAUAAUUUGGGAUGGAGGGAGUAAUAAUUGUAAAAAUAUCAUAAAUGUAAAAAUAUGUAAAAUUUAGAAACGCUAAAAUAAAAAAUAAAAAAUCAUCCUACCGAAAAAAGAAAGUGAAAAAAAUAAAAUAAAAAAUAAAAAAGUUUUUUUAUCAUAAAUAAAAAAUAAAAAAUUUAAAAACCUUUUAAAUAGAUGUAGAAUAUAAAAAUAUUUUUAAAAACUUAAGAAAUAUUGACUUUGAUAUUCUGAAAAUUUUCACAAGUUUGGUAUAUAUUCCUUCAAAAUUUAACCAUUUCUUCGAUUUUUAUACUACCUCCGUCCCAUUUUAUGUGUCUCACUUUGACUUGGCACGAUAAUUAAUAAAGUAGUUGAAAAAGUAAAAGUUGUGGUUGAGGUUUGAGUAUAAUAAAGUGAAAUUGUGUAGGCCACACGUUUCUUUCCAAAAAAGGAAAGGGGACACUUAUUUCGGGGUCAACACAAAAAGAAAAUUAGGACGGGUAAAAUGGGACGGGGGAAGUAUAUUAAAAAUCUGCUAUUACAGGUCAAAAACUUUUUAAAUGGUCAAAUUGGUCAAUUUUGUAAAGUAGGCGUAUACGUACUUAUAUACGGAGUAAUAUUGUUUUAGUACAAGGGCUUAAGUGACAGAUUGGAGAUAGUAGAAGGGUUUAUUUGAUCCUCUUUCUAAAAAAAGAAUAAGCCGAAAAGUAUGGGGGAUUGGAGACCGAUUGCUUUAUGUAGUGUAAUCUAUAAAACUUUUUCAAAAGUUCUUUCUAAUAGAUUAAAAGGAAUACUCAACGAUGAUGUUUGUGAAAAUCAAAGUGCUUUUCUUUGUGAGGAAUAUUUGGAAGAGGUCAUUAACUUUGAAAAAUCUAGUGUGUCUUAGAGCAUCUCCACGGUGCACAAUGUGCACCGUGGACAUUGUUCACGGUCUUAUUUGUUUUUGGUAAGUUUUUCUCUGCAAUUUCAACCACGAUGUCUACAUCUAGACAUUGUGCUUGACAUUGUGAAGAAAAACUUACCAAAAUGAUAUAAGAUCCUUCAAAUAAGGAGAAAGAUAUUUUAUAUAUUGUAUUUUGAUUGGCUAUCUCUAAUGCCACGUAUGCACCAUUAACAUAUUAGGGUUGGAGAUGCUCUUAUAGUGCUAAUGUUGAUGACAGCUCUCGCACCGUGCUAAGUACAAUUAUGGCUGUCAACCAGGAGGUAAACUCGGGUAAGUAUUUGGGCCUCCCGGCACUAGUUGGGAGGAAGAAGGAGAUCUUAUCUUAUAUCAAAGAGAGGGUGUUGAAGCGUAUCCAGAGUUGGAAUAAUCGUUAUCUAUCUAAAGCGGGUAGAGAGAUUCUGUUGAAGACAGUCAUUCAAGCUAUUCCCACAUACGUUAUGAAUGUAUUUUUACUCCCGGAUAAUCUGAUUUCUGAAAUAAAGAGGCUUAUGAACGGUUAUUGGGGGAAAUGAAAUGGUUUCAAUGGUAGGGGAAUCAGAUGAAGAUGUUGGAGGGAUCUGUGUAUUCCGAAAGCUCUAGGAGGUUUGGGUUUCAAACGUUUAAAAGAGUUCAAUAUUGUCAUGCUUGGUAAGUUAGGUUGGAAGCUAUUAACUGAGCUGAAGAAGCUGGUUGGCGGGUACUAAAAGCAAAGUACUAUCCCCAUGUUUCUUUUGCAGGGGCUAUAUCAGGAGCAAUCCUUCCUAUGUAUGGUGGAGUAUCUUAUCUGCUCAAGAAGUUGUUGCGGGGACUCGGCGCAGGGUGGGAAACGGGAUAAACAUAUCCAUUUGGAGAUCUCGGUGGUUGCCUGUAAAGGGGUCUGGAAGAAUUGUUUCUGAACGGCCAGAAGGGUAUUAUUAUGGACAUGAGUGUCACGGCGUUAAUACAGGAGGACGGAAAGGCGUGGAAUAUUCCUCGUCUAAAUGCCUUAUUUUCUGAAGAAGAUGCUAUUACUAUUCAAAGUAUUCCUCUUAGCAUGCGCCAUAUAGAAGAUGGGUUUCACUGGAAUGAUGGAGGAGGGUGUUGCUUAUGCUGAAAGUCAGGAUAAGGCUCUGGUGGUUGACAGCAUUUUAAUAAUCCUGGGGGCCUUGGCAAAGUCAUGGGUGCAGGAUGAUCCACAGAAAAUUGCAAUUGAAGAAUCAGUUUUCACUCAAUCUGAUGCCAAGCUGGGGAUGAUAGUAAAGGGUAAAGUUCUACCCCUACAACAAGACAAAUCAACUUCAGUACAACAAGACCGAUGAGGUUGUUCGAGAAUGAAUUGGUUAAACCGGGAAAUGUCAUUUCUGGAACCAUUGAUCUAGUUAUUCAUGAUGGUCCAAUUUUUGUGAAAGGAAUGAGUCUUCCGGAACAUUUAUACGAUCAUAGUAAUCUUGCUGGGUUAAGUAUAUCUUGAAACCUGGUUUUGAAAUUUACCAGGUUUUGGUUAUUGAUGUUGAAGGUUGCAAUUUCGUACUUUCUGCCAAGGACUCAAUAAUGAAUUUGGUCGACUAACAAUGUCAUUGCAGCAGUCAUUAUGCUCUUCAACUGAUGUUUCAAUUAUGGAAGAAAGCGUUCUGUCAGAAAACAAGAUUGACGAGCUUCUAGUCUGGGCUCCUUAGAUUCUAGACUGAGCUGGGCUGAUGAGUUUGAUUUUGAAUAUCAUUUGGGUGCAAUCAAUGUGGAACUGGAUUCUACCUUUCAGGCGGUUGUGAUUGAUGUCUCUCAUAUAGGGUACCUCGUGGAUCUAUCUUUAAAACAAGAAACUGUUAAGGGAAUCACAGCUGCUAGAACGUUGUGGGAUGUACUGAACAUUCAUUGUGAAGCUGCUCAACAAGCAAUCUGUACCCGUAGCUCUCUUCAUUGGCAACCCAAACAGGAGGUUGGGAAUGCUCUUAUCUCUAGGUUUAUAGAUAUCUUCAUGAGGGGGGGGGGGGGGGGGCAUGACCCAACAGUGUCAUUGCCUCUGCUCAUUCAUGUGGUGGUGGAGGUAAAGAAGAUGGCUCAAGUGUUGAAGCUAAAGAUCCAGAACACAAGAACACAAUGUUGUACUGGGAAGGGAGAGGCGCUCAGAUGAAGAUAAAGUUGAAGGCUAUGUAGCACGGAAACUCUCGGGAAAGAGUACGUUUCCCGUUUCGGAAACUCUCGGAAACUCUUUGGAAACUCUCCAAAUAAGCCUUUUUUGAACAAAAGUUAACGUUUCCCGUUUCCCGUUUCCUCAUGAUUUUCACGUUUCCGUGCAACAUUGGUUGAAGGUCAUGGCAGAUUCUUAUCACACAACUUCCUUGAGGACAAGGUGGUUGUCUUAAGGGGGAGAUAUGAUAGGAACAUAGGUUGAAAUUAAUAAUAAUAUAAGUGGUGGUGGUGGUGGCGGCAGCGGUGGCGGUGGCGGUGGUGGUGUAAAUAGAAGGGAGGGGAGAAAUAAGAGGUUAGGCAGAAAAUUAGUUUGGGACUUGGUCUUGGUAGUGUGGGAGACUACUCGAAGUGAAUAUUACUCCUAUGGUCAUGAGUCAUACUAUUUUUUUUUGGAUUUUUUGAUUGUUUACUUUUUAAAUUUUAUAAUUUUUUAUUUUUUAUAAAUUUUAUAACCUUUUUUUUAUGUUUUAAAUUUUUAAUUUUUAAUUUUUUUUUUUUUUAUAUUUUUUAUUUUUAGUUUUUUUUUUUAAUUUUUUGAUCUUUAAAUUUUUAAAAUUUUAAUGUUUUUAAUUUUUCAAAACAUUUUAUUUUUUACCUUUUUUUGUAUUAUAUCGUUUUGUCCCUUCACGUAAGAGAUGAAUAGUUUGUGGUUAUCAACAUGUUUCUUUCGAAAUACCCCGAUUUGGGGGGUUUGGAAUGGGAGGAAGUGGAGGAUUUUGGAAGUCUUCCACUUUCCUUCCCUUCUCUCCUAUUUCCUUCAACCAAACACACACAAAUCCUCCACUUCCCUCCCCUCCCCUCCCCUCCCCUCCGAAACCCUCCAACCAAACAGGGCCUAAAUUUCCGUGUACCUAACAGAAUGAUGAUCCAAAAGGUCAGUAUUCUGUUCACAGUUGCUACAGGAGGCUGGCAGGUGAAUUUCAAUUGUCAUUUUGGAAUGGUUGGACAGCGGACUGGAAGUUUCGGCUGCCAGCCUGCCACCUAAAAUAAAGCUAUUUUUUCUGGCAGUUUGCACUAGGUUGAUUACCUAGGACUGAUGUCCUGAAGAGGAGAUCAAUUCAAAUCCAGGGCUGCUGCCCAAUUUGUAGGGUGGAGGAGGAGACAACAGGUCAUUUGUUUUUAAAUUGCCCAAUUAUCCAUGGCAUUUGGGGAGAAGUGGGGCUACUGUCUGUGAUGCAGGGGAUGUUGUCAUAGCUGCAAUCCAGAAAGCUUUUCUUCUUUAGUUGAGGAGGACAUUUGCUGGAGGGCUGUCCUAAAGAGACUCGUCACAGGAGAAAUACCAGCUUGAAUCAAAGCGACCAGUGGACCAGGCCUUUGGGCUUAGGGCCGUGUCAGAAGGAACUGUCGGGGCAAUGUUCUAUGUGCUAGGAGUUGGAUGAAAAAGGCUUUUUCGCCCCCGGUGGAAGCGGAGGUGAUUGGUGUUAGGGAUGCUAUCCUAUGGCCUAAAGAGAUAGGGUGGAAUAAAGUAGUGAUUGAGACUGAUGCAACGUUGGUUGUGUCGGCACGGUUCACCAGGCCGCCUGACCCGUGAACCGGCCCAGUACUUUUCUGACCAGCCCGGCCCGGUGACCGGGCCUCUGACCUGUCCGGGUAGGCCCGGCCCGAGGGUUACAUAGGGCGGGCUUGGGUCCUUCAAAAGUGGAACCGGCCCGGCCCUGCCCGGCCCGAUCGGGCCAAUUUUUUAUUUUUUUUUAAAUUUUUUGUUUUCCAAUUUAUUUUUCUUUUUCCUGG